CUAAAAUAUUGAAUCCUUUCCCCUGCUAUCAUCCGAUACAACAUCUAUUCAAAAAUACGUUUGUUCAUUUAAUGACGAAAAUCAUGUACCUGUAGUACGAGACGAUAAAGUUCGAAAUAUUUUAGUAACGAAUUAAUUCUAUUUCUUGUAUCUCGAAUAACAUUAUUUUCAUCAAACAUGGAUAAAAGAAAAAUGUCGACAGCAGGGGAUUCCCUGUACCAAAUUUUAGAGAUUCCAAAAACUGCCACUCCUGAAGAAAUUAAGAGGACUUACAGAAAGUUGGCGUUAAAAUAUCAUCCUGAUAAAAAUCCAAAUAAUCCAGAAGCAGCAGAAAAGUUUAAAGAAAUAAAUAGGGCACAUGCUAUAUUAACAGAUUUAACUAAGAGAAAUAUAUAUGAUAAUUAUGGAUCACUUGGACUAUAUGUUGCUGAGCAAUUUGGUGAAGAAAAUGUCAAUGCAUACUUUGUUGUUACUUCUGGUUGGUGCAAGGCACUCUUCAUAUUUUGUAGUUUGAUAACUGCAUGUUAUUGCUGUUGUUGCUGCUGUUUUUGCUGCAAUUUCUGCUGUGGUAAAUUCAAGCCAACACCACCGGAAGACAGUGGAGCAUACCACAAUUUACAGCGGGACCAGAACCCAGAGGCAAAUGUCGUGACGAAUCAGCCCAGAGGCCUGGUUAAGGAAGAGGAAAGUGACGAUGAGGCAAUUACGGCACAACCGCAGGGUGGCCCGCAAAACAAUUCAACGAAUCAACAACCCAUUUUUGCCAUGCCUCCACCACCCGCUACCGUCGAUGAGAAUACAAAUCUGAAUAGCGGUGCUGAAAGAGUUAUUUACACAACUGCUGCCUCUACAAAUCCUUUCAUUGGAGCAAAUGUUGGUACAACUAGCACGAGUGCAACAAAAUGGUAGUCACCGAACGAUAAAGAUAUGCUACAUAUAUGUUAGAAAAUUUGUUAUGUAACUUCUUACGGGGUGGAUUUUCACAUAUGAAUAGUAUGCUAGAUAUCAAAAAGAUUGUUAUC